AGACUCGAACUUCUUAGCACAAAGCGGCUUUCUGUAUUUGGUGAUUGGAUACCAAAAUACGGAAUCGCCUUAUAUGCAGUACCAGUCGACUUCGAAAUUUCGAGUUUUUUACUAAAAUGCCGCGGUAUAGUACCACAGAUGAGAUUAUGGGACUCCGUAUACCGGCUUUCAGGACUCGCCUUAUGAUGAAAAGUUCUCCUGAUGUGGACUGUGUUUCAUCAGAUUCUGUUGUAUGUCUAUCUAAAGCUACUGAAAUGUUUGUAAGUGAGCUUGUGUCCACUGCGAUUCGUGGUAAUCGAUCUGAAUUGACUUACAAGGAUCUUUCUCGUCUUCAGUGUCAGUUAGAUCGCUACAAUUUUCUGGCCGAUGUCCUACCCCAAAAAAUCACUGCUCGAGAGUGGAUAGAAAAAUACAAAUCCGAAUUUGAUGCAUCUUGUCCAUAAACGUGCUAACUAUCUUGUUGGUUUUUCGUGUUAAAUCAUUCAUCAAUGUGAAUAUAUACUAACCUAUAACUCAAAUUCUAUCUGUUCACUACACUGUAAUGUUUAUGAAUAAAGUUCGAUUGAGU